AGAGCGCGCAGCUCGUGCCAGCAGCUGCAAACCAAUGAGCCGCAAUCGAGACACCUCAUGUCGGACAGUACACGGGGUUUAUCCCAACUUUAACACGCGGAUACGGAUCUGACCAAAAGGGUUGUAGAUAUAGAGGAAAAAGGACAGGACAGGACGUCUUUCAAAAUCUGAAGUGCCCCGGUGCCAGCAGUAUAGGUCAGCCCAACCGGAACACCGCAGAACAAUAGAGACCCAACCCAUAGAAUGUCCUAGAGACGGCUAUCAAAAAGCAAAUAAUCAAGCUCAUUAGCUGCCUUCCUCCAAGACAACAUCCCUGAAAGGAUUAACAGAAAAAGGAAGUUAGAAGGAGUGAAACAAGAGUGGGGAAAAGGAGAAACUUUUUCAGAGUGAAUGCUGACUGCCAUUUCUGCUGCUUUGUGGUGAGGAGAAUAUCUCAUUUGGGAGUGAUUUUGGAUUGUGGGAAAAGGAUUAACCUAUGCCCUGCCCGUUUAUUCAAAUGCCUCUAUAAAUGAAUAAAUAUUCCAUGGAGAUAUUGAUUUGUCCCUUUUCUAAAAGUGUCUAACAAAGAGACAAAUUAUAGCAAAGCCCAGCAGCCAACUCUCUCACUGAAACUUCUCAGACUGAUACCUCAAUCUUGGAAUGCCUCAAAAACUAUAAAUGGAUCCCUAAAAGUCCCCAACGUCUAUAUCCUGCGAGUAUUCUGAGAUAAAUCAGAACUUGAAGCUGUAUAAGACUAGUAAUUUCCCAAAGGAUUGCUUUCACCAAGGCCUCUCUUGUAUUUUGUUGUUGGCCAAGGAAACUGCUGCCAUUCUGUUUGGAUGCAUUUUCCCAGAAUUCCAAAAUGAAGCCAUUAACCCCAAUUGGUUCACCCUCUCCACUGCGGCUCCUCAACAAGGGGCCAGAUUACCUGCGUAGGCAAAUGGAUGCAGGAAGCAGGGGUCACUCCAUCAGUGCAGUGGAGCGUCUUGAAGCCGACAAGGCGAAAUAUGUCAAGAGUCAACAGGUCAUCAAUACCAAGCAAGAGCCCGUGUUGGUGCCCUGUGCCACCCCUCCACCCUUGCCCCGUCGUAACUUCACAGUGUCUAGUCCCUCAACUCCCGUUCUACCUCACCGAAGACCCUCUGUCCCUUUCUCUUCACUGGUUUUCUCAAAAGAGGAGAAUGAGGAUGACUCCAAGAAGGAGAACUGUCAAAACGUGACUGUUGUAGAAACACACAAUCGCAAUAAUGCAACUAAGCCGCCCGCACCGUCCCAUAGAACCCCAACCACUACGCCAUUAGUCGCCCCACACAGUGCGCCAAUAAUGCGUAGGAGCAAUGGCAAACGCAUGCUGCGUCCAGACUCCCUGGUCAUAUAUAGACAGAAAAAAGAAUGCAAGAGUCCCAGCAGUUGUGGCAGAAAUGUCAACAUGGAGGCCAAGGGCUACAGUUUUGUAAGAAGACUCUUCCAAAGUUCUAUGCGUGAGAAGAGCAAUGGGAGUGACUCAGCUCACAAAAUGGUGAUAAAUGAGGAAAAGGGGUCCUCCUCUCGAGAUGGGGACUCUCGAAUGUCCUGGUCCAAUGACAAAGACACUGUUGAUGGGGGAAAUGGGACCAGGAGAUCGAGUAGGUCUGAACGCGAGGACUCAAUGGCGGAGCCUCACAAUGACAACACUGGAUUUGUGGAGAAGCAAUCGAAGAACAGUAUGAUGAACUGUGUACGAAACAGUGUGGGUAACUGUAAUAAUAAUGAUAUGGACCCAUGGAAGCCUGUUCUACCUCGAAUGCGGUCCGAUUUGAAACAUUCCAAGUCAGACGUACAACUUCGCUGCUCGCUAGCAAUGUCCGAGCAAGAGCGGUUCUUCGGCUUCUGUGGAUUGGACCUUGAUAUGGUGGAAAGGCUUGGACCAGAGAAAUUUCUAGCAGGUACCAGUUCAGUUGACACACUCUCACUUCUAUUGAGGAGCGUUGGAGGUGGAGGAGGCUCGGAGCCCAGUGAGUUUUCUCGACACUCCGGUGAAGGGCUGUUCCAGGAGGAGCUAACAGAGCAGAUCCCGACAGGUGUGUCCAUUAUCGAGAGAAAUGCGCGUGUUAUUAAGUGGCUCUAUGGUUGCAGGAAUGCAGCCCAGGAAGGCCCCAAAGAGUCCACUGUUUGAUUACCCUGGUAACAAAAACAAAGCAAGACUUUUAUUUUGGACUAUUGCCUGGAGCAGUGUUCCAAUACGACACUCAUGACAGAUUAUGUUGUAUUUAUUUAAUGUGGAAGAUUUGUAGUUAAGAGAUUUAUUCAGCUUUUCACAGCCAGCACAAGCUAAUUUUCUCCCGUUUAAGGUGAAGUGUGUAAAUCCAAACAGAAUUGCAAAAAUUAUUUCCUAAACACGCCACCUACUACCAUUGGCCAAACAGAUAGCCAGCCCCAAACUCACUCUAUUGGUUGAGCCAAUCUUGCGGUGUCGGGCUGGUCAAGAUGCUCAAACAAACUUUUGAAAACAAAAUGCUUUUUUAUAGCGCCAUAGAGUCACAGUGUCAACAGUUUUCAGGGGAGUCAACCUACUAGCAUACUUAAUAGUGUCUUAAAAAAUUACACACUUCACAGAUCAGUCAUAGAUAAAGCUUCAUUACAUACACUGUCUUUGUAGUGAUGUAAUUUCCUGUUUUCAGUAUAUAGAAAAACACAUAUAAGACCGUCCUAUUACUUUUGUUCAGAAACAUGUGUUAUUUACUAAACACAACUUAAGAACAUCUCAGUCGAUGAAUAAUUUAAACCUGAAAACCACUAAGCUUUUCUGUGGGGCUGCAAAACUGAUGCAUAAGUACUAAAUGAACCAUGUGUACCUCAUUUCCCGACUGUCCCAGUUUAGUUUGUGUGUUGGCUUUUUUUCCUUAAACGCGGGCGUUGGAACAAACACACAAAGCACCCCUGUGGGGAUAUUAAUGCACUGAAUUGAAAAAAGAAAGAGAGAUGGAAAGAGAGAGAGAGAGCGCGCUGUAUACUGUACAAAACACUAACACUGAGUGAAUGCAAAUGAGUAUGCAUGGGGUUAAGAGCAACCUAAAGGACUUUAAUUUGAUUUGUCUUAAGCCAAAGAUAUGACUGUAUACUGCUGUACACUGGCUCUGUUCCAAACCUCAGUGAGCUGUCUCACUGUUUACUGUCUAUAGACAGCUGUAUGCUAAAGCAGCAUCCUAACUGAAAUGGACCAUCAGUAGGAUGUCAAUUGAAACACUCUACUGUACAUAGGCAGCAAGAAACUGUUAUUAAUCACUCAGGAACGCCACACUAGAGACUAGAUACAAAAGAGUCUGACAUUAGCUUAGCUUAGCAACAUUAGCAUGUUGCUAAGCUAACAACUUGAGAGUCUAAUAAAAGCAAAGAAAUAAGUGACUCACAAAUACUGGGUGAAAUAGUCUGCUGUUAAUUAGAUGGGCUUAUUUUUCACUAAUACUUUCCAGUUCUGAGUAAGCUAUAUCUUUAAAUCUUGGAUUGCAUUUUGUACCGAGCUAGUCAAAAUAAUUUGGGAUAGCCUUGGGCGUGAUAUUAGAUGCAAAGAUGCCUUAGAUCUUGGUCCCACAUGUGGUGUCUUCGCAACAUAACAUAACUUCACUGGCAACAGUUUAGAACAACCUUUGCGUCUAAAAAUGUCUACAUGCACCCUAGGCAGUCGGCUUAUUAGCGAUUGGAACAGAGCCACUGUUUUGUCCCUCGUGGAAAUUCUCAGUUUCAUUCCCAUAUUUAAUACCUACAUAAAUGGCCUUUAUCUUAAUUAUUGUGAUGAUAAAUAAUGGUCGUUUGCACGUUUGUCCUGAGGAAACUCCUUUGGCGACACAUUCUUCCAUAUGCACUUGAUAAUAACACUUCUGUGAUUCAUUCACCAAAUUAAUCAGCUUUGCAAAUUAGGGGACAUAAUGGCAGACAGAAACUCCCGAUGUAGGAAACGGUGAUCUGUUCCCAAACCCAAGGAGACCUUUGAGAGUUCCUCCCAAGUAAACUCAUGAAUCAGUCACUGAUUCCCUUUUGUCGUAAUGAAUCCUGCCUGAUUGGAGGUGUUAAUAAGUCUCUAUGAUCCCACUGAUAAGGAGGGAAGCAGAGGUCCAGUGUGGUAUGUGCAGGCCAGACUGAGGCUGCAGACAAAGAUGUACAAAUGCGAUACGCAAUCUUUCCAUUGGAAAUUCCUGAACCUGUUUUGUGUGUUGUGUUUUGUGUGUGUGUGGCUCAUCCCCAAUGUCAAAGAAGCGUCAAGUCUUCCUAAGCACCCGAAAUGUCUUUCUUGUAUGUUUACAAUCCUGUUAUAAAUGUUUCUAUAGAGAAGACAUUUAGAUUUCAAUCCAAAGAGAUAUUGUACAGAAAAUCCAAAUAAAGUCACA